AUGGCCAACCAGACUCGUAGAAGACGAACCAGCAGGACCAACACAGACCAUCACACCAUAAAUACUGGGAGCUCUAGACGAAGCCGGACCAUGAGACACAACAUGUACGACCAUGAAGCUGAACGUCGCCGUUAUUCCGAAUCUGUUCGGCUUGCUGAAAGACUCGGCCAUCCAGUUGCAGGGCGGCGACCAACAACCCAGUCCCAACCAAGGCACAUGGAAGAAUCCUCACCGCGCUUGGAACCAUUUUUUGGAGGCUUCGUUAGUCAAGAUCAGGAUGAGCACGACCUCGACAACCAUGAGCGUAGCAUACCAAUUGCUGCCCAUGCAGAAUACUUCCGCCUUCGCCGCUACGCCGAGAAACGUCAUCGUAUCAGUUGUCAAUGGGGCCUGAUCGAUGACCAAGCUCUGGCCACCUACCUCUUGUGCCAGCAAAAAACACUCAACUGGACCCAGCCUGCGGUGGACUUUGCAUCGCCGCUUGAUUUCUGUACAUGUGCAUCUAUCAACAUUCAUCAUCGACGAGUUGACUUGGUUGACUUACUCCGUGAGCAUGCAAUCUCUGUUCUGUUUUCCCAUCCGAAGGAUAAUGUUUUUAAUCUCCGAAAAUUCACCCCAGAUCGGCGACCAAGUCAGCUCAUUGCCUUUUGCAAAUGUACACCCGAUCCAAUCCGACUCAUGCACCACGGUUACUUUGCCUGCUCUGUGGAAAAACCUCGAUCUGCCUUCUCAAUUCGGCUUGUUCAAUAUCACCAUCUACUGUGGCAAGCAUCUGCGGUAUCUACAUCCGCGUUUAUCCAGUCCAUUUCAACCUUCCUUGAUAACCGUAGUGACAGUCCAUUACUCAACCGAGGAUCAAACUGGAAGCGGCGCCAACUUCGAGUACCUUUCACCAAUUGCAUUGAUCUGUAUCGCCGCAUAUUGAAUAGUCAGAGAAAGCUUCUUGAAGACGGCCUGCAACUUACUAAAGCCGACAAGUGGGCAAGUAAAUGCCCACGUUGCUUUGGCCCAAGCCAAACCGAAAUCAAACAGGAUACAGAAGAGCCUGAUGUCAUUGUCGCAAUGGACGGUAACUUUCAGCAACGACAUUAUGCAUACGCCAGUAAAGAUGAGCCUCGUGAAGAUCAGUAUCCUCAUAGUUUCCUCCCUCCCUCGAAGAUCAGCUCAGAUGUACUAGCCAUUGAAGAGACAGAGGCAUCAGCAGUUGGAAUUAAUCCACCCUGCUCAGAUCAACACAAGGCAGCCAAUGAUACCCGCGAUGAGUCAACCUGGGAUAAAUGCGACGACAAUGGAUUGUUUGCAAGUACUUGUCGACAUGAUGUUCCGCUCAUGCAUUUGAAUGUGCACAAGAGUGGUGAGAAGCUAUACUACCCCAUAUCUCUGCUUCGAAAUAUAUUACUUGACUUUCCUAGUCUAAAGCUUGGAGUGUUAUACGACAUUGGGUGUCAUCUUGAAGCUCACAUAAGAAAGCGAGGCCUUUUGAGUGACCGAAUUGGUGAUCUCCAGUUUGGAACCUCAGUAUUUCACGCCUAUGUGCAUGAAUGGUCAUGCCAAGUGAAAUACAACCCUCGUCUCAAUAAAUGGUGGGGUUUGACUGAUGGAGAAGGUCUUGAGCGAUACUGGUCUUUCUUGUCGCCCCUUGUGUCUACCCUUCGUGUCUCAACACGCUUACAUCGACUAAUCGCUAUUCAAACUAGAUCAGAUUACUUUUCUGAUCACCUGCUUGAUUCAUCUGCCAACUGGCUACUAGAUAAGCUGAAAAAUGCUGAAGAAACAAUCAAGGAAGCCAGUGCAGCACUUAGACAAAUACACAGUAUACCAAAUCCCUACUUGCCUGGUAGCUGUUACACUAAUAACUUUUUUGAAGCACAAUGGGCUCUUGAGCAAGAGUACCACCUAAACUUCAAUCAGGCGCGUGAAUCCCAAAAACAAGAAUUAGGUCGGCUUCUGUGCUUGCAAGAUGAGCUUGAUGAGGCAUGGGAGAGUGUUGUCCCAACACCGGCUCAGGCAGUAGCUCGUGCAAGAACUUGCAGUGAUAUUGCUGCUCAGAUCCGCCGACAACGAUCAAAGAUCCAGUCUGAUAUGAUAAUUGAUAAUCUGACAAGGGCACAAUGUGAUCUACUCUGGAAAGUCUGGUACUCUAAGAUUGAGAUACGACAGCGGUUCCUGGCAUUAGUGGAGGAAAAGCAGCCUUUAUUUCAAGCAUGUCGUGCUGGGGAAAGUACUACAUUGGGGACACGUGAUAACCAAAGACUAGUUGCAGCAGUGCGCAAGAGAGCUGAUCAACUCGAGCAUUCACUUGAAAAUUACAACAGGCGAACUGAGGCUUUCAUUGCAGCCUGUCCAACCCACCAUCCGCCACCCACCAUUCAAUAUUCUGAGCUUCUUCGUCUACAACCUGAUGAUCCAUUUUGGAAUGACGGCUUCUUUACAAAUGGCAAUGAGCCCUGGGCGAUUGAUAUUCACACUCAGCGUGGUAUUCGACAACUUGCAAGUUACAAGCGGGGAAUUGAGGAAAAGAGACGGCUUGGUUGGGAAGUACGACGCACAAUGCACUGGGUGGUUGGCCGACAUGAACUAGUUUGGUCGUUACUCACUGGAUUAUGUCAGCUAUCGGUAGCUGCUACACCAGGCGACCUACCUGUGCAGUUGAAACCUCUGUUAGAACAUACAAGCUUGAGUUCAAAUAUUUCAAUGGCUCCAAAAAUCCUCUCAGGAAAAGUCUUAUUGCACUCACAUCUGAUACGCAUUGCAAGAUUGCAGGUAGAAUGGAAUGAAAACAUAGCUGAAGUCUUCAACAAAACAGCACCUCAAUCAGACGACAAUCAACUCAAACAAAAAUGGAACCUCCAACUCCAAAACAUCAAGUCUACACUGCGGUUUGGAUUUCUUUCUGGUAUACCAGGUGAUCUUCAUGAAGGCCUGUUACAAAUUUUUGCAAGAACUGAAGAUGAAGAGGAGGAAGAGGAGGAAGAGGAGGAAGAUGAGGAAGACGAGGAAGACGAGGAAGACGAGGAAGACGAGGAAGACGAGGAAGACGAGGAAGACGAGGAAGACGAGGAAGACGAGGAAGACGAGGAAGACGAGGAAGACGAGGAAGAUGAGGAAGACGAGGAAGACGAGGAAGAUGAUGACGAGGAAGACGAGGAAGACGAGGAAGAUGAUGAUGAGGAAGAUGAAUAUUUAGCAGAUAUAAAUGCUGUGGCACAAAUCCAAAUGGCAGAAGACAUGCUUGCUAACCUUUCAAAUAACUCAAAUUAG